AAGAUAUUAUGGAUACUGAUUUGAUUUGCAAUUUCAAGAAAUGUAGGAAAAGAUUAAAUACAUUUGCAUGGGUGACUUCCUGUUCGCAUAUUUUUUGUGAUGAAGAUGGAACAAAAGAAUUCACUAAAUGCUACAAAUGUCCAGCAUGUGAAACUAGAUUAGCUACAAACCUUGAUAUUAUAAGAAUUGACCUGCAGCCUUCAGAGCAGUACAAAUCUAUGGUACUUGCUGGACAGAAGCCAGAGGUCAUUAUGGAGAUUUGUACCCGAGCUCUAUCCUUCUGGACCUACCAGGCUCAUCAGGAGAUGACAUACCAAGAACAUGUGACAGAAAAAGUGAAAGAUAAAUGUGCACAGCUAGAACAGUAUUACGAACAGAUUGUCUCACAAACACAAUCAGAAAUAGCAUCAUUAAAGAAGCUUUACUCAGAUGCAAAGAAAAAUUUAGAUUCUACAAGCAAGAAAUUUCAUGAAGUGUCAGAGAAGCUCAUACAGAAAAGCAGACAGUACCAGAAGUUACAGACUAACUAUGAAUCACUUAGAAGACGAAGUGUCUCAGCGUCAGUAUUCGAGGCUGGAGAUAAUGGCAAAGAUGUACCAAAGAACUUCACAAUACCACUUUCAUCUGGCGAUGGCUUUCUACAAAAGGAGUCUAGCAGAAGUAGCAGUAGAUCAUCAUCGCCAGUUCAACGAAAAUUUGUAAUGUUCCCAAGAGCAACACCAGACCGUGCGAUACAGAAUAAAUUUACUCUGCCACUCGGCACGCCCACUAAAUAAUGCGUGUCUAAAACUAAUGGGAUGCUAAAUUCUGAACCUCAAGAAUAUCACGCAAGGGAGAUAAUAUGCACAUUUGAAACAGAACUCGUGUCGUUGAUGUUGCCAUGGUGUUUAACGUCAUAUCAAUGACUUUAGAAGUUUGACAAGACAUGUGAUACGAUUUUUUACUGUCAAUUGUUUAUUAAAGUAUUCUAAA